UUUCGUUAACGUCGCCAUAGAAACAAGUGAAACAAAUCUCCAGCUUGCGCGAUAAAGGGACCUUCCACACAUAAAACGAAUAUGCCUUCCAGGAAAACUGUAACAAGAGCUUCAAGCAGUUUCUGGAUGAAGUCUCUGAGGCAUCUUCUGGUUCUCUCCUCUCUGUGGUGUUUGAUAUCCGGAUACUCUGACAAAGAUAGAGCGCACGACUUGAUGUCCAGAUAUCCUCUUAUUGAUGGCCAUAAUGACCUAGCUCUCAAGCUGAGGAUACUUCACAGCAAUAGACUGAGCCAAAUUGACCUUCAUAAUGUCAGCAAAAUAUCCACUGACAUCAACCGUCUCCAAGCAGGCCAUGUGCAGGCACAGAUGUUUGCAGUCUAUGUGCUGUGUGGGGCCCAGGAGAAGGAUGCUGUAAGGCUUACACUGGAACAAAUAGAUGUGAUCAGACGCAUGUGCACUGAGUACCAGGACUUCGAGCUGGUCACAUCUGCCCAUGAGCUGAAGAAUUCUGCGCUGAAGCAUAAGAUUGCUUGUCUAAUAAGUGUUGAGGGGGGCCACUCUAUUGAUAGCAGCCUGCCAGCCCUGCGCAUGUAUUACCAGCUUGGGGUCCGCUCCAUGGCCCUCACACAUACCUGCAAUACUCCCUGGGCUGAAUCAUCAUCAAAACUUUAUAAUGUUUAUCAAAGACAGAACAACAGCCUGACAGACUUUGGGAAGGCCGUGGUGGAGGAGAUGAACCGACUGGGGAUGAUAGUGGACCUCUCCCACACUUCUUGGGACACAGCCUUGGCCACCAUAAAGCAUUCCAAGGCUCCGGUUAUUUUUAGCCAUUCGUCUUCCUUCUCCAUCUGUAACCAUAAUCGCAACGUACCCGACUGGCUGCUGCAAGAUCUGAAAAAGAAACGGGGGCUGAUCAUGGUGAAUCUCCACAGCAAUUUCAUAUCCUGCAGGACUGAAGCAAACAUCUCUCAUGUGGCUGACCAUUUUGAUCACAUUAAGAAGGUGAUUGGAGCUGAGUCAAUAGGAAUUGGAGGGGACUUUGAAGGUGCUGUGAGCUUCCCUCAGGGGUUAGAGGAUGUAUCAAAGUAUCCCGCCCUAAUCCAGGAACUGUUGCAGAGGAAAUGGACUGAGAAUGAGUUGGCUGAUGUCCUCCGAAGGAACUUCCUGCGAGUGUUCGAGGAGGUGGAAAGGGUCCGAGAUCAGUUGAGUAUGAAGCGGCCCAGCGAAGCCCAGAUCUCUCUGGAGGAGGUGAAGAACCCCUGCAGGCUGGUCCUCAGACCACCUGACCUGAGAUCGCCCAGUAACCAGAGUCCCUUCUCCAGAGCCCAACAAGGACCAAAAGGUCUGCUAAUGUUGCCCAUAGUUGUGUUGCUUUCUAGCCUACUUAUGACUGAAUGAAUAUUCAGAAACUCAGUUCAGCUACAGUGCACAUCUAUUAUAUGAAUAAGAAGACUUGUAUGGGAUUGCUGUACACAUUUGUGGGUCAUCCCAGCAUCCCAAAGGUGACUAAAGAUAAAUGGAGGAUCAUUUUCUCACAACCAAAACAAAAAAAAAGCAUUCAGUGUGUUGCCCCAUUAGGGAGGUCAUUUGAAUGCCAAUCUCAGGAUAUACAAUAUACUACAUGGUUGCCCAUAAAGUUGGAAUAAUUUUGUUUUCAGACACAAUCCUAAGUUAAAUGUUGUUUCAUUUUAAUUGAGAUAUGUUUUGAAUAUAAUGAUUAAUACAAUUUUAAGAAGAUAUACACUUUAUCUGUCAAUAAUAAAUCACAUUGUCACAAUUAUUUUAUGGAAAGAGGUAAAAACUAUUUCAUUCCAACUUUAUGAGCAGUCAUGUAUAUAUAUGUAUAUGUAUAUUAAAUAUAUACAUAUAUAAACUAAGUGUACAGAAUUUCAGUCCUUUAAAGGCACUUUACCAUUCACUUUGGAUUUUUUUUAUUACAUUUUUAAUGUGAUGUACCUGCUUGCAUCAUCUCUAUGAAAUGUGUGACAUGAAGGAGAAUAACACAAUUUGAAAUUGCUGACCAGUGAGCAGGAUGUGAGGUCACUAGUUUAAGGAUAGCUAGAGGGAAACACUUCAGUUGUGGUGUACAAUGUUGCAUUAUCAUCAUAUUAAUAUCACAUUGACUUAACAUUGCUAUAGUAAUACUUUAAGGUAAGUCAUGAGGUGCUUAAAAAAAUAGAACGGGAGCAGUUUAUAAACAGUUGUCCUUUUUAUUUGAUUUUGCAGCAUAAUAAAAAGAUAUUAUUAUAGGCCUACAAAAUAUUGUGUGUAUUUUAGUGUGAGCUAUUCUGCCCUUUGGCCAAACAGAAAACUGUUGCACAUAGAAAUAACAGAAAUUGAAUCUUUAACUUACAACAGCAAUUACUCAAAGCAACAGUGUGAAAAUUUCCCUUGUUAACAUUCAGAUUCAUGUAUCGCCAACAAAGUUGGUAGGAAUUUUCUUUGGUGAGCUUGUUUUGAUGUUUUAUUAACUUCUACCAUGUGCAUGAUUAUAAAAAACACUAAUGUAAUAGCCUCAUAAUUCUGCAAAAAUUAAUUCUUACAGCUUAAAUAAAAUACUGCUGAUAUAAAAUUUCCGUUUAAAGAAUGUAUUGUGCCAAAAAUUUGGAUUGCUGGCAAGUGACAGUGGUUUAAGUGACAUAAUCCACUAUUUUUUUUAUUAAGAAAUAUUUUUUUUCUUUAAGUGAAGGGAGGACUAGGAACAUUCUUAACAUCGAGUGAUUCGUUUUUUAACAAAUGCACAGCUUGUCAUGGUUCAUCCCUUACAUAUAAAACACUCUUGGCUUGUACAGUUUGUUUGUUCUACAUUAUAAUAAACAGUUGUUCUCUA